CUGCAACAAAAAGGAAAUGGUACCCUCAGGGUGCUGCCCUGCUCCAUCAUAACCACAGUGGUUGAACAAGUGAAGAAAUCAUGAAUCAUCAGUGAGGGCCUUAAGUCGAAGCUUAGAUUGUUUGUUACAGAUAAUUUAAUUGUUUGCCCUGUUGCAUGCAGUAGUCUACUUGGAAUAGCUGAUAAUCGAGUAAAAUAUUGAAGUUGUUUGUAUAAACGUUGCAGAACUGGUGGCCUAAUUUAGGAGCUUUGACGUUUGCUAGCUAGCGAAACCUACCAAGCUCAGUUAAACUUGUAAACACUUUUGUGAAAGAUGGCUGACAACGGCGCACAUCCGACUGAAGAGGACCCAGCCGCAGCUUUCCUGGCUCAGCAGGAGAGUGAGAUAGCGGGCAUAGAGAACGACGGCGAAGGGUUUGGGUCUCUGGAAGAAGCGGAGGUCGUACAGCAGUCUCAGCCGGAGCCGGUGGCCAACUAUGACGGUUUCGGUGAGGAGCCUGCUACAGUGAAUGGGGAUAUGUUUCAGGAGUCCAAUGGCCCAACUGACAACUAUGCAGCCAUCGCCCAGGUGGAUAUUCAGAGGCAAGAGCCAGAGAGUUUACGCAAGUGGAGAGAGGAGCAGAAGACACGCCUUGAAGCAUUAGACUCAGCAUCAAAGGCAGCAGAGGCAGAGUGGAGAGAGAAAGCCAAAAAGGAGCUGGAGGACUGGCACGUACACCAAAAUGAGCAGAUGGAGAAGAACAAGGCCAACAACAGACUCUGUCCAAGUCUGGCACGGAUUGCUGACAAGGCUUUCUACAAACAGCCUAACUCUGAUGUUAUGGGCUUUGUAGCAUCAGAGGAGGCUUUCCUGGCUGAGAGCGACGGCGACAGUCCAGGAUCUGAAUGGGAGCGAGUAGCCCGUCUCUGUGACUUCAACCCGAAAACCAACAAACAGGCAAAGGAUGUUUCUCGAAUGCGUUCGGUCCUCAUCUCCCUCAAACAGACACCUCUAGUUCGCUAGAGAACAUUGCCUUUUUCAGUUUUAACCUCACAUCGCAUCAGAAGAGUUUGUAUGCCCUUUUCCAUAAAAUUCCUGGUACGUUUAUAACCUUUGAAAACUUCCCGCCUUUCUUGACGAUUAUUAUAUUUAUAAUAACAUACUUAACCCCACUCUCUUGUGAGAAGAUGGACUGCUCUAUUGUUACGACACCCUUUGGCUGGUCAGUUUUAUCACUGCGAUACUUAAGAAAAUAUUGUUACUGUGUUUUAAACAAUUUCUUUCCCCUUUUAACUUAUAAAUUAUUAGGUCAGUUUUCUUGCAUGCCUCUGCCAAUAUUUUGGAUGCACAAUUUUGAGUUGUUUUUAUAAAUUUGCAUUUUGGUCGAUGUCAAACACUCAAGUUCUAUUGCGUAUUAGAUUGUAACCACUUAUGCCUCUCAUCAAUGUAAAAUGAUCAACACAAAGUCUUUGUUCACAUUCGUUGUACUAUGUUCCUGAUUACCAUAUUUAACUUAACUUAGCAUAUUUUUCUCUUUCAAAAUGCAUAAGCUUGUGGCCUUUUUGAUGUAGCUCUUACUCCAGUUUGAGUAUUUAGCCAGAUGGAUUUCCUCUUUAAUUAGGCAAGGUUUCAGCAAAGAAAGAAAAAAAGAAAAUCACAACCAAAGAUCUAAAUUUCACAUGAUUAACGGUUUGUGCGAUUUGUCAUUUCUCUAUAUUUUCUCAUCAGAAGUUUUAUGCACCAUUAUGUUUUUUAGAUUUUUUUUUUUUUUUUUUUUAAACAGUAAUCAAUAAGGUGUCAAUUUCAACAGUAAUGUCUGCACAUUGUUUCACAUGUUGCCUAUUCGGACAUAAGGAAUACUGAAACAAGUGAAUGUUAAAGGGGAACUGGAAAAUAAAAACAAUGGAGUAUGAUCACCGGAA